GACAAGAGGUUGUGAAGCAAUCUUAUCAGAAUAGUCAUAAGAAAAAAGAUGUUGAGAAAAUUGACCAAGUAAUAAUUAACGGUAUUCAGGAUGAUGUAAAAUGUCAAGUGCCAAUUUCCUUUGGUUCCUCUUCAGAUAUAUUACAUGAGACUAAAAUUUCAGCAAUAAGACAUUAUCUAAAAUAUUCUUCAUCUCUGCUU